AUGUAUCGCUCCAUCAUCCGGGCCCAACGAGUCAGUCGUUUGGCUCCUCGUCGCUGUUACAGUAGUGGACCUAAGAUAAGUCAUGAUCCCACUUUAUCAACAAAAGUUGAAGACAACACGCGUACAAAGGGUCUGUAUUCCCAAACUUCUACUUCGCGUUCACCUGAAGUUCAAGACAAUGCGUACUCUUCAUAUAAGCGUUCCAAUGGCCAGUUUGUUUUCAAUGCCUCCCACGGCCCACCUGUCCCUUUGCGAAAGAAAACUCGGCCUCCAACCUUUAUACGGCCUCUCCUCAGUACUGAGCUUUCUGCUCAGGAAAAGGCAAACCAAGAGUUGAUAAACUCGGCCGCUGAUCUAGGGGAAGAGAUCGUUCAUCCAAAAUUAGGAAAAGGUUAUCGAGAGAAUCUUCGUUUGCUCGAUAAUGGAGCAUUCAUGCCAAUUAAUUUUGCUGAAGGGCCGGAUUCUGUUCCGCGUCGAUGGCUGAGAGACAAUUGUCGUUGUGCCAAGUGCAGACGUCCUGAUACUAUGCAGCGAGAAGUAGACAUUUUCUCGUCUGACCUCAAAGUUCUACCGGAUUCUAUCAACAAGGCCAAGAAGGAGGGCCUUGAAGUAACAUGGCUGGAUGGUACAGAUAAUGAUGUUAAGUCAGAUCAUGUUACUGUUUACCCAUGGGAGUGGCUCCACAAACAUCAGGUUUACCGCGACGCAACAAAGUUCCAGUCUCCUAAAGCUUCAAUUGUCAGUGGGACUCGGGGAGGAGAUAAUUCAGCAGAAGUGGAAGUUCCCAUGCCUGACCCAGAUAGUCAUGAAGUUGUUCUUUGGGAUUCGCUUAUCGGGAAGAAUCCACCUACUGUCAACUAUGAAGAAGUUAUGGCAAGUGAAACUGGCGUAGGAAAGUGGACACGCAUGAUUCACAACUAUGGCUUCUGUUUCGUAGAUGGGGUUCCAGUAUCUCCCGAAAAGACUCAGGAGCUUCUGGAACGCAUUGCCUUUAUUCGGCCAACGCAUUAUGGUGGAUUUUACGAUUUCACAUCCGAUCUUACAAUGAAAGACACCGCAUACACUAGUGAAGCCAUUGGUCCUCACACCGAUACAACCUAUUUCACCGAUCCCGCUGGCCUCCAGAUGUUUCAUCUUCUUUCUCAUACUGAAGGUACUGGUGGUGAAUCUCUUCUUGUUGACGGCUUCUGGGCCGCUCGCUUACUUCGUAGUCGCCACAAAGAUGCUUUAUCAAAGAUAUCAGUUCCUUGGCAUGCUAGUGGUAAUGAUGGCAUUAAUAUCACUCCAAAUAGGCCAUACCCUGUUCUUACCAUGAAUAAAAAUCGUGCUGCGUCGCAGGUUAGGUGGAACGAGGCAGAUAGGGGAACGAUUCAUCCUGGAUACUCUCAGGAGUGGUAUGAGGCGGCGAAAGCAUAUAAUGAUCGGGUUAAUGAUCCAAAGCUACAGUAUUGGUCGCAACUUGUACCUGGACGUGCUUUGAUUUUCGAUAAUUGGAGAGUUCUUCAUGGAAGAUCAGAGUUUACAGGUAAAAGACGUAUAUGUGGUGGAUACAUUAAUCGUGAUGAUUACGUUUCGAGAUAUCUGAAUACAAAUUUUACUCGCGAACAGAUCUUGGAGAAGAUACUAUGA